CGGCCCUGGCUGCUGCAUUCCGGGACGAGCCGAACCGAGCCGAGCCGCCGGCUCCAGGCGAGGGAAAAAGCGCAGACCCGCGAUAGGUGCUCCGGUCGCCUCGGUCGCCGAUAACGCGAACCGAUCCGUUAAAGGCAUUUACUCUCUUUAUUUACAUAGUUUCAACAUGCUGGGGGGGCCUCUUCCUCCCCUCCGCCAUUUUGUAUUAGACGAAUACUAAUAAUGGGCGCUUAUACAUUACACUUUAUUUAUGAUUGGAAUGAACUGCAGGGAGAAGAAAAAACUUAAAAACGCAGACAAACUAAUCCAUUCCUCCAUACAGUGUGUUUUGAACCCCGCAUUUGUUCAUCGUGACUGUUGCAUCUGAAAGGAGACUGAAGAUGACAGACACACCCCCCACAGAUGCCCCUACCCCUGGGGGAGACUUUGACAUGAUGACUGCACUUGACUGGAAGGACGGGAUUGCCACUCUCCCUGGCAGUGACAUCAGAUUCAGGAUGACUGAGUUUGGGACUUUGGAGAUGGUUACGGAGUUGGACUUGUAUACCAAGCCCCCCAGCAACGAUGGUGCAGAUGCCCACCCUCCGGACCACCCCCAGUCCCACCGCCCCACCCCGCCACCUGAGACUCCUGCGAGCGCUGCACCGGCAUCCCCCCUCAACCCCCCUGAUAAAGCCUGCCUGCCCGUUCCGGAGGCAAACCCGGGUCCCGUGGCCCUCGAAGAGGCCCCCAGCGUGGAGGUGGCCAGCUGUGGGUCUUGCGGGAUUUCUGGCUCCCAGGAGAGAUUCCUUCACGGGAAGUUCUGCAGUGUGCAGUGCGCAGUGUGCAGUGUGCAGUGCGCCCAGGCAUCCAGCGGCAGGUCGACCCCAGGGGAACAGAAGGAGCGGGCGGGGGAGACCACCCCCAUUGCUGCCAUGGAGGGCGACCGCUUAGGAAAACGCCUAAGGAGGAAGAGAAAGAUGUACAUGGACUCGGGCGAUGAGGAGGAGGAGAACCUGGAGGAGGAGGAGGAGAAGGCCAAGGCAUGCAAAGGCAGGAGGGCGGCCAAGCUGGCCCGGCUGGUGACCGCCCUGCCUUCGAAGAAGAAGGCGUGGAGCUGGUCAGCGUACCUGGAGGAGGAAAGAGCGAUUGCUGCCCCUGCCAAACUCUUCAAGGAGCACCAGUCAUUUCCUCAGAGUCGCAACGGCUUCAAGGUGGGCAUGAAACUGGAGGGCUUAGACCCCAGCCACCCAUCGCUCUUCUGCGUGCUGACCGUCGCCGAGGUCCAGGGCUACAGGAUACGACUCCACUUCGAUGGUUACCCGGAAUGCUAUGACUUCUGGGUAAAUGCGGACUCCUGGGACGUGAAGCCCGCGGGCUGGUGCGAGAAGACCGGGCACAGACUGCUUCCCCCGAAAGGGUGCAGGGAAGGAGAGUUUAACUGGAGCAUGUAUGUGAAGAACUGCAGAGGCCAGAUCGCUCCCAAGAACCUGUUCAGGAGUCUGAAUACGUCUGUGACUCCGUCCGGAUUCCGUCCGGGAAUGAAGCUGGAAGCUGUGGACAGGAAGAACCCGUCUCUCAUCUGCGUGGCCACUAUCGGUGCCGUGGUCGACAACCGGCUGCUCAUCCACUUCGACAACUGGGACGAGUCCUACGACUACUGGUGUGAUGCCAGCAGCCCAUACAUCCACCCUGUGGGAUACUGCGAGGAGGCGGAGCUAACGCUCACCACGCCAGCUGAAUACAAGCAUCCGAAGAGCUUCUCCUGGGAGAAGUACCUGGAGGAGACGGGUUCUCAGGCAGCUCCGGCUCGGGCUUUCAAACAGAGGCCGCUACAUGGGUUCCAGAUGGGCAUGAAGCUGGAGGCCGUGGACAAGAGGAACCCCAUGCUGAUCCGUGUAGCCACCGUGGCAGAUACUGAAGACCACCGGCUCAAGGUGCACUUUGACGGCUGGAGCAAGGAGUACGAUUACUGGGUGGAUGUGGACAGUCCAGACCUACACCCCAUGGGCUGGUGUCAGAAGACGGGCCAUCCUCUGCAGAACCCCCACAGUUCCACAGAUACCUCGGUGCUUCUGGGUCAAGGCUGUCCCACUCCGGGGUGUAACGGCGUGGGGCACAUCCGGGGGCCCCGUUACGGGACGCACUACACUGCUGUCAGUUGCCCUUACUCUGAGAUGAACCUGAACAAGGAGGGCCUGAUUCCUGACCGCCUGAGUGGGGAGCGGCCCACGGCCAUCGCCGGGCCCCACCGCGCCAAGCGGUCUGAGCCGGCCACCCCCACCUCCACCACCCCGGAGCUGCCGGACAUGCCGGAAGACUCGCCCCAUUCCAGCACGGGCAGGAAGUUGUGGAGUGGCGAGGGUGAGCGAUCAGGCCGGAGCAGCACCCAGAGCCUGUCAGAGCCGUCGCACUGCGGCGAUGAGCAGCCAGGGGGCACCAGGGAGCAGAGUAACAACGGCGCCCGGCCCAAAAAGUCCGGACCGAUUCCCCGAUGCCUGAGGCUCCAUCUUGUGAAGCAGGAAGCCGGAGAAAGCCGAGCAGAGGGCGCUGGCGGCCUCCGGCACCCCACCCGCGAGUGCAUCUUCGCCUCCUCCUGCUCCUCCAGCCCCACCCACCGCAUCCACAUGUGCUGGGAGAAGCACUGCAAGCUCCUGCCGGAGGUGAUGGGCCUCACUGCCAAGCGGGUGUCCAAGUGGAGCGUGGAGGAGGUUGCCAGUUUUGUCCGUGGUUUGCCGGGCUGUAAAGACCAUGCCCCGACUUUCAGGAAUGAGCAGAUAGACGGAGAAGCUCUCCUGCUCCUCACACAGGCCGACAUCGUCAAGAUCCUGAGCAUCAAGCUGGGUCCGGCGCUCAAGAUCUUCAACUCCAUCCUCAUGUUUAAGAGUGCCGACGAGGAGUGAAGGGCCGGCCGGCCUUGCCACACGUCUCCCUUAGUCUUCCUGUCAGUGGUGUGAGGCGCAAGGGCGAAGGCGUACUGCCGUAAUCUUUAUGCCCUGCGGUUCUUGAAGGUGGAAAGGUCCUUAACGUCUGGACUGCUUUGGUGUUUGGGGCCCAGAAGUGUAAGAACGGUGUGAAGCUGUUUGAUGUUCAGGAUCAGAAUGUCUCCCGGUGUGCAUAGUUAAUGGCUUAAGGCUUAUUGUACCAGCUUUUAGUAGAAGAAUUAUUAUCGUCAGGGGGAUCCUAUUCAGGGAUAUCGGAACAAACUGAGCUUCUGAAAUCCUACCUUUUACUUGAACGUGUAGUUUUUAAAUGAGAUUUGUUUUCUUUGGCAGUCAGGAAGUUUCAGUAGACAGAUUUAUGUAGGAGGGUGAACUGCGUUGAAGCUUGUAUCAAAUCUUCACCUGAGAAGCCCUCCAGCCUUGUGGAUGGCCAAUAGCAGUUCCAUAUUCUGCCACAAGGGGGCAAACGAGUAGUUUACUGUUGAGAUUUUUUUUUUCCCAAGUUUACACUUAAAAUGGGAUGAAGGAGAAAUGUAGUAAUUUCUCUGCUUUCAUUCUAGACAGAGGGCUUGUAAGGGCUACAUGCAUGAAUUAUUUGCUUCUCGACGUUGGCUUUGCGGAAAGUCAGCUGGUAUGGACUGGAAAACAUUCACAUGCCAUUUGGUGUACGAAUGGAAAAAAAGUUCACUUUUGAAUGUAAAAUAUGCAACAAAAAAAAGUAUAUGUUUUCUUACACAUCUGGCAUGGUUUACCUCAAUGUCUAGUGUAAAUACUGUUGACAGGACGUCUGUUGUACUAAAGACUUCUACAAAGGGAAAUAUGCUUAACAACUUGUGUUUUUAGUUGUCAUAAACAUUUCCCAGUAUUUUACAGGAAACGCUUCAGCAUUUUAAAGGAGAUCUAAAGGCAUCUUAAACUGUCUGGACUUAAAAACCUGAGGGUUCAUUGACACGAUUAAUUUAUUUUGUAAAUUCCAGCAGCUUGUAUAGGUUUUGUGAGUAAUUUUUACUGGAAUCCUCGUCAGUGUUACAUAGCGUUUAACCUCUGACCUCAGCGGAAUGACCCUGAAUGUGUACAUGAACAACGGUUUAUGUUCAAACCGAGUAUUUAUGCAUUUAUUUAAAGUCUUGAUAAUCGACGGCGAUUUCUGGAAACGUCACUGACUGGGCAGGUUGUUGCGUGUGAAACUGAGUGAGAAUAAAUGGAUGCAGUUGGUCCCUCUUA